GGGGCGGGCCUGGAAAGGUCCCGGAGAGGAUGGGGCAGUGAGCGGCUCUGGGCGGCUGCCGGCAGCGCCAUGGAGACGGUGCAACUGAGGAACCCGCCGCGCCGGCAGCUGAAAAAGCUGGAUGAAGACAGUUUAACCAAACAACCAGAAGAAGUAUUUGAUGUCUUGGAGAAACUUGGUGAAGGGUCCUAUGGCAGUGUAUAUAAAGCCAUUCAUAAAGAGACUGGGCAGAUUGUUGCUAUUAAACAAGUUCCCGUGGAAUCAGAUCUGCAGGAAAUAAUUAAGGAAAUCUCCAUAAUGCAGCAGUGUGACAGCCCUCAUGUAGUCAAAUAUUAUGGCAGUUAUUUUAAGAACACAGACUUGUGGAUUGUUAUGGAGUACUGUGGGGCUGGUUCUGUGUCUGAUAUCAUUCGAUUACGAAAUAAAACGUUAACAGAAGAUGAAAUAGCUACAGUAUUACAGUCAACUCUUAAGGGAUUGGAAUACCUUCAUUUUAUGAGAAAAAUACAUCGAGAUAUCAAAGCAGGAAAUAUUUUGUUGAAUACAGAGGGACAUGCGAAACUUGCAGAUUUCGGUGUAGCAGGCCAACUCACAGAUACCAUGGCCAAGCGGAACACAGUGAUAGGAACACCAUUUUGGAUGGCUCCAGAAGUGAUUCAGGAAAUUGGAUACAACUGUGUGGCAGACAUCUGGUCCCUGGGAAUAACAGCCAUAGAAAUGGCUGAAGGGAAGCCACCGUAUGCUGAUAUCCAUCCCAUGAGGGCAAUCUUCAUGAUUCCUACAAACCCUCCGCCCACGUUUCGAAAGCCAGAGCUGUGGUCAGAUAACUUCACCGACUUUGUGAAGCAGUGCCUCGUGAAGAGUCCCGAGCAGAGAGCCACGGCCACUCAGCUGCUGCAGCACCCGUUUGUCAAGAAUGCCAAAGGAGUAUCAAUGUUGCGAGACUUAAUUAACGAAGCCAUGGAUGUGAAACUGAAACGCCAGGAGUCCCAGCAGCGGGAAGUGGAACAAGAUGACGAGGACAACUCGGAGGAGGAUGAAAUGGAUUCUGGCACGAUGGUCCGUGCGGUGGGUGACGAGAUGGGCACCGUGCGUGUGGCCAGCACCAUGAGUGAUGGUGCCAAUACCAUGAUUGAGCAUGACGACACGUUGCCUUCGCAGCUUGGCACCAUGGUCAUCAACGCGGAGGACGAGGAUGAGGAAGGGACCAUGAAAAGAAGGGAUGAAACGAUGCAACCUGCAAAACCAUCUUUUCUUGAAUACUUUGAACAAAAAGAAAAAGAAAACCAGGUCAACAGCUUUGGCCAGAGUGUACCUGGUCCAUUGAAAAAUUCUUCCGAUUGGAAAGUACCACAGGAUGGAGACUAUGAGUUUCUUAAGAGUUGGACGGUGGAGGACCUUCAGAAGAGGCUUUUGGCCCUGGACCCCAUGAUGGAGCAGGAGAUCGAGGAGAUCCGGCAGAAGUACCAGUCCAAGCGGCAGCCCAUCCUGGAUGCCAUAGAGGCCAAGAAGAGGCGGCAGCAAAACUUCUGAGCAAGGCUGGGCCUGGGCCUCAGGCCGCUCCGGGUGGCUCAGCCUCCACGUUGUCGCCAGCACUUCUGCUCUGUCUGUCCUCCACAGCACCUCUGUGAACUCAGGAAUGUGCGCCAGUGGGAAGGGCCGCCUCACCAGGCAAUGUGCCACCUUGCUGUGUGUACUCACGUGGUCACAUGUGUUAUCUCAGGUGGCACUUUUAACUCAGAGUUUUCAACCCUAGGGACAGAGACUCCUAGUUGAGUGACAGCUGGGAAAGUUUUACAUUAUUUUUUGUUUUUCUUCUCCCAAUAGCUUUUGACUGUUCUCUCUGGAAGACUUUUAAAAGAUAUAUAAAUAUGCAUAUAUAUAUAUAAAUUAUAAAUAGAUUCCCCACAUAGUGUGGCGGCAUCUCUGUACAGGUACCCUUUUCAACAGUUUGCCUCAUUUCUGUAAGGUUAUGGUACUGUGGGAUGUGGAGGCAGAGG